CCAAUUUCAUCAUCAUCACCUUAUUACUCUUCUCUUCACCCUAGAGAGUAAACUUUCAAAAACCUAAAUUCACAGAAGUUUUCACUUUUCAGCUAUGGGUGGAGAUACUACAACCCUUGAUUCCCCUCUCAUCUAUUCCACUGAAGCAUCAUCUCUUGAUCAAGACUUCCCUGAAAAUUCUCUAGGCUCGCCUACUUUUCUCAGUGGUGGUGAUCAUUUUGGCUUAAAAGUGGAGAAUGGAAAAGUUGGCCUAGGCUUUAUGGAUUCUGAGGAAUCCGUUCGAGCUUCUUCAAAUUCCUUGGAUGAAGUUAAUCGAAAGCGGGUAAGGAAUGUGUAUAUGGAUGUUCUCAAGAGCUAUGAUGAACUGCACCUUCAUAACGACCGUUGGAAGGAAGUCAAAAGUAAAAUAUUGAGAUACAUUGUAAAUGACCACUGCAGCUACACUCCUGGAUCAUGGAUUGAGGAGUUGGGUGGCAUGAAAAAGGGCGAUUAUAAUAUACCAAAAAAGAUGACACUCUUGUUGAUUGGUCCAAAAGCAUCUGGAAAAAGCAGUCUUGUUAACAAGAUCUCGAUGGUGCUUGAGGAUGAUCCCUUUACACCAGAAAGGGCCCCAGUAUCGUAUUCUUCUGUUGGAGAUGGGACAUUUUUUCUCCAAGAGUACAUGAUACCAAGAGGUUCAAGUUCUUUUUGUUUGUAUGACACACGUAGUUUGUCAGAUGAUUUGGCUGAAAAUAAGAAAAUGGUGAAGCAAUGGAUGACAAAGGGUGUUCGUCAUGGGGAGCUAAUAAAGAGGGAUUCUGACGAUGUACAUCUGAAAUCCAAAAUGAAGUCUAAAGCUCGCCGAAAUAGUUUCUGUGCCAUUGAGGCCAAGGUGGUUAAUUUUGUCAUAUUCGUUGUCAGUGCGGUCUCAAUUCUGGAAUUGAUGGACAGUGAUGAUGAAAUCAAGAGGCGAAAAACUCAAGCUGUUGCUACAACUUUCAACGACCCUCUCUUGUCAUUUGAAGAUGACAAGCCUGUUGUUGUGCUCACACAUGGUGAUUUACUCUCCCUUUCUGAUCGUACGCGAAUCCGCAUGCAUUUGGGACAGCUGCUUGGUAUUCAUCCCAAGAAACAAAUUUUUGACAUCCCAGAAAGCGAUGAUGCAGGAACUAAGUUGACUAUACUUAACAUGCUUCGUUAUUGCCUCGAGCACGCUGAUAAAAAUCUACCUUUCAAAGGCCCAUUUAGCAGCAAGGGUGUCUUGGAGAUGCUUGUAUCAUUUCUACUGGCAUAUGCGGUUCUAGCAAUACUUGUGGGAAUGGUAACACAAUCGUAUGUAAACAUCGAUUGGGAUGUGACUACCGUUGAUUCUGUACCCAACGUUGAUUUCCAUGCAAGUGGGGUUGAUUCUGUUUGCGAUCUUCACACCGAGCACCCCCAAUCAGAUAUAAACAUAGAUUGGGGUACAAUCCGACACUUAUGGUCUGAUUAAGUUUACUGGUGAGCUCGGAUGUAUACAAAUGGAUGCAUUUAUCUAUAGCUGUGAAAUUUCGAAAAUGCAGUAUUUAUUAUGUGUAUAAACAGCAUAAGCUGUCUUGCUCUCCUUGUAUAUAGGAUCUUUCAGCUAUAAUUCUCUUACUUGGAGAAUUGGCUAUCUUUGGGAAAUCUUUGUAAAGGUGAUCAUUACGAGUGUUAACUCUGCCGUUUUACUACUGUUGCAUAUGUGACCAUUCAAAGUUAAUUCUCUCAA